CAUGUUUUCUCAAGGUAGGAGAGGGUACCCCCUGUUUACGGAACAGUAUCCAUGAUAUCUUUGCCAGUGGAAUUCCUGGUACGUCAAUUCCAAAUCUUGUUUGGUCAUGGCAUGGCUAAUGAGAGCUGCCAAACAUGCCAGGGCUAGGUUCUGAAGAAUGGCUCCUCCCAACGACUGGUGGUGUCCCACUCCAGAUCCGAAUGAAAUACUUAGACGAUGCACGACGAAUUCGAGACCUUGACGACUUCACCUCCGAGCACGACAGUAUUGUGAAUCGGAAAGACGCGAUAGCCGCUUUUGUUGAACAAUUUCAAAACAUUGACGAACGGUGGCAUAAUUCUUUGGAUCCCACAACGGUGGACAUAAUUAAAGCCUGCGUUACUAUACAAUGCAGCAUACUGGAGGAUGAUGGGAGAACUUGGUGUCUGCUGGCCGACUCUAAUACUGUCAUUGCUACUGCACUUUGGACUCUUGCUAUGGCAAGACAAAUCACUGAAGUAGAAGGCACCGUCACAACGGUCUCGGUGAGAAAAUUCUGCGAAAACAAGUCCUUGGAACCAGAUAUUGAGGAGUGGGAUGGCCUUGUGCUCGAAAUAUCACGAGCCGAGACUGAAGCUGGGCAAACCAAACCCAAAGAGAGCAAAUUGCCAGCUUUAGUGGCAGAAAUCCAUCGCAUCACCCUAAAGAUGUUUCUCCAACGCCGCCUACAAGACUUGCCCGUCAUACUCUGCGUUCUAUGCCUUAUGAGAUUGAUCUUGACUUGUUUCCACGGUGCCUGUUUCUACCACCCCUUGGUCAAGAAUUGGGACAAGAGCGCGUAUGAAGAAGCGCUGGGAGAAGAAAAUGCUAUCUCGGUAUCUUAUUUCGAAAUCUUGCAUGUGGCAUGGAUAGAAAGUGGGUUCGAGCAUCAUUGUAAUACUGAACCCCUUGCCAGCCGACUUGAAGCUUUCGUUUUUGCUGAUUUAUUCUUCUUAAAAGAGGACUCCGACUGACGUAGUCUAUCAUCUGAGAAGUACCUUCCUAGCUGGGAUUUGAGCACUGCAAUUCGCUCCACAGAGCAGAUUCUUAUAUUGUCAAAUCAAGAAGCAAGCUUCUUCGCUCGGGGCUUGCA